AUGCUAGGAAAUAGGGUGGAAAAACAAAAACUAAAGAUAGUUCUGAGUAUGGGCGUAGUGGUGCUUUUUCUCUUUAUUGAAGGCUGUAGAGGAAGUACAUUUGACUUCGAUAGCAUGUGCAGUAGUGCUAGUCCAUGCAAAGAAGAAAAAAGAAAAGCAAACAAGAUAGAAAGCUCAAGUAUUGGCUCCUCUAACCAAGUUAUGGAAAAUAAUGGCAAUGCAAAGAAAGAAGAAGAUUUGCCAGAGAAAAUGUAUUCAGAAGAAGACCAAAAAGAAAUAGAAAAACUAAUUAGAUUAAAACAAGACCUUAUAGAAGAGAAUGAAAGAAUUAUAAAAGAAAAACAGAAAGAAAUAGAAGAGAUAGAUAGAAAGCUUGGAAUCAUAGAGAGCUAUAAAGAACUAUUAAAAUUAAGUAUGAAGAACACAAUAAAAGAGCUAGAACAAAGAAUGAAUAAUAUACUAAAAGAGCUAAAACAAAGAAUGGAGGAAAGAAAAAUGAAUGGAGGAAAGAAGGAAGAAUGA